AUUUAAACCCCGCCAAAACCAGCCUUAACCUCUGUAAACACCAGCCUGCCCGCGCGCGCGUACCAAGACGUGGAUAGGUGACAAUGUCCAAACAAUACCUAACCACCCACACGAUUGACGAUGCUCACCCCACCGACAUAUUCGCAGUCGCAGUGACACCCACACAGCUUCUUUCUGCAUCCGGAUCCUCUACAAUCAAAAUAUACUCCACAGCCAGCCCCGACAUACCUCUGGUGCAAAGCCUCUCCGGUGCACACCCUGUUGGCUGCCACCACAUCACAACCUCCCGCUCGGGCACCGUCGCCGCAUCUGCAGGAUUUGGGGGCGAACUCAAGAUCUGGACGAUAGAUCCCGAGUCGGAACAAUGGUCACUGCAGGCAGCAAUAGAAGAUGGAAACGGGGCGGGCGAGGUUUGGGCCCUAGCUUUGAGUGCUGAUGGGCGCUUCCUCGCUUCUACGACGAUAGACGGGAGGAUAAAUGUGUGGGAUAUAUCUACGCCGAAGGCGGAGAAGAAGGUUAGGGAGUACGAGACGAAGGGUAGCUUCGGGCUGUGCGUGGAUAUGAGUCGGGAUGGGAAGUACACGGCGAGUGGGCAUGAGAAUGGUGCUGUUUAUGUGUUUGAUAACGACACAGGCAGGAUGAUGUACUCGAUGCCAGGUCUUGUGAAGCCUGUCCGAACCGUCGCAUUUUCUCCAGCUGGCUCUCGUCUCGCAGCUGCAGGUGACUCCAAGAUCAUCGCGCUCUAUGACGUCCAGCACGGCGAGCAGGUUGCCAAUCUUACCGGGCACGCAGCGUGGGUUUUCUCGGUCGACUGGAGUGAUACUGGCGAGUACCUUCUUAGCGGAUCUUUUAAUGGAAAGGCCAAGGUGUGGUCAGUGGAGUUGAGGACUUGCGUGGCUACUCACAGCGAAACAGAAAAGGCUCUAUGGUCUGUGAAGUGGCUGCCAAAGACGGCAAAGAGCGAGGCGUUUGCAACGGCUGGGGCGAACAGGAGUAUCAGUUUCUACAGGGAGGCAACGGGUGGUUAGACUAUUAGCUAGACCAAAGAAGUUGCACAAUAUAUCCAAAUCACACCACUA